AUGCAUUCGUUUGCUAAACCAAACAUAUCAUUCAAUUUCAACUAUCAACCAAAUCGAUGGCUAAAUUUGUAUUGCAGUUCAGGGAAUGCUAGUUACAAUAUUAUCGAAAAUAAUACGACACUGUUAAAAUGGCCUUGCACUGCGAAGUGUUGCAUGAAUCUGCAAAUUAGGAUGUUCACUACCACUAUUGGAUAUUGGGGAUGGAGAAGUUGGAGACUUCACCGAAAAGCAAUGAGGUAUGAAACAACUGCGAAAAACACCACACAAUUCAAGAAAUACAAGAUUGCUAAUAAACUUAUACCAUUAUUUUUAUGGGACAUAUCUUAA